ACUCAGCGGUUUUCCCUCCCCCAACGGCGCGCCGGCUGUGGCCGGCGCAGAGUAGUGCUCGGGCCGGGGGUCGCCUCCCGUCUCCCGCCUCCCGCCGCCCGCCGCCCGCGUCGCCCUCGCCGCCGUUGGGCCGCGCCGCGCCGCCAUGUCGGGCCCCGGACCGCGGGAGCCGCCGCCGGAGGCAGGCGCGGCAGGCGGCGAGGCGGCCGUCGAGGGCGCGGGCGGCGGGGACGCGGCGCUGGGCGAGCCGGGGCUGAGCUUCACGACCACCGACCUGAGCCUGGUGGAGAUGACGGAGGUGGAGUACACGCAGCUGCAGCACAUCCUCUGCUCGCACAUGGAGGCGGCGGCUGACGGCGAGCUCGAGACGCGCCUCAACUCGGCGCUGCUGGCGGCGGCGGGCCCGGGCGCAGGCGCGGGCGGCUUCGCGGCGGGCGGUCAGGGGGGCGCGGCGCCCGUGUACCCCGUGCUGUGCCCGUCCGCGCUGGCGGCCGACGCGCCCUGCCUGGGCCACAUCGACUUCCAGGAGCUGCGCAUGAUGCUGCUAAGCGAGGCGGGCGCGGCGGAGAAGACGUCGGGCGGCGGGGACGGAGCGAGGGCACGGGCCGACGGCGCCGCCAAGGAGGGCGCGGGCGCGCCUGCGGCUGCGGCUGGACCCGAGGGCGCGUCCGAGGCCCGGGCCAAGCCGGCCGUGCGCGUCCGCCUGGAGGACCGCUUCAACAGCAUCCCCGCCGAGCCGCCGCCCGCGCCGCGCGGCCCCGAGCCCCCCGAGCCGGGCGGGGCGCUCAACAAUUUGGUAACUCUCAUUCGACAUCCAUCUGAACUAAUGAAUGUUCCUCUUCAUCAGCAACAAAACAAAUGUACAGCAUUAGUGAAAAAUAAAACUGCGGCUACAACUACUGCUUUGCAAUUUACAUACCCACUGUUUACUACAAAUGCUUGCUCUACUAGUGGAAAUUCUAAUCUUUCACAGACACAGAGUUCUAGUAACUCAUGUUCUAUACUUGAAGCUGCCAAGCACCAGGAUAUUGGAUUGCCUAGAGCAUUUUCUUUCUGUUAUCAGCAAGAAAUUGAAUCCACUAAACAGACGUUAGGUAGUAGAAACAAAGUUUUGCCUGAGCAAGUUUGGAUUAAAGUGGGAGCAGCGCUGUGCAAACAAGCACUGAAGAGGAAUCGGAGUAGAAUGCGUCAGUUGGACACAAAUGUAGAGCGAAGAGCCCUUGGAGAGAUUCAGAAUGUGGGCGAAGGUGCCACCGCCACACAAGGCGCUUGGCAGUCCUCGGAGUCCUCACAGGCAAACCUGGGGGAGCAGGCCCAGAGUGGGCCCCAGGGAGGAAGGUCUCAGCGUAGGGAGAGGCAUAACCGAAUGGAAAGAGAUAGAAGGCGCAGAAUCCGCAUUUGCUGUGAUGAGUUGAAUCUCUUAGUGCCGUUCUGCAAUGCCGAGACUGACAAGGCCACAACUCUGCAGUGGACCACAGCAUUCCUGAAAUACAUCCAGGAAAGACAUGGAGAUUCUCUUAAAAAGGUUAAUAAGAAAUAUACUUCUGUGGACUGGGUGACUAUACUUCUGUGGACUGGGUGAAUAUACUUCUGCGGACCAGGUGACUAUGCUUCUGUGGACCGGGUGAAUAUACUUCUGUGGACCGGGUGACUGUACUUCUGUGGACCGGGUGAAUAUACUUCUGUGGACCGGGUGAAUGUACUUCUGUGGACCGGGUGAAUGUACUUCUGUGGACCGGGUGACUAUACUUCUGCGGACUGGGUGAAUGUACUUCAGCCGACCGGGUGACCAUGCUUCUGCGGACUAGGUGACUAUACUUCUGCGGACUGGGUGAAUAUACUUCUGCUGACUGGGUGAAUGUACUUCUGCAGACUGGGUGACUAUACUUCCAUGGACUGGGUGAACAUACUUUUGUGGACUGGGUGACUAUACCUUUGUGGACUUGGUGAAUAUACUUCUGCAGACUGGGUGACUGUGCUUCUGUGGAAUGGGUGAAUAUACUUCUGCGGACCAGGUGACUAUGCUUCUGUGGACCAGGUGAAUAUACUUCUGUGGACCGGGUGACUAUACUUCUGUGGACCGGGUGAAUAUACUUCUGUGGACCGGGUGACUAGGGAGGAGCCGGCGUGUUAGCGCCAGCAUAUGCAGUCCCUCAGGACAGCCAGCCUGCUGUGAUCCUGUCUGUGUGGUCGUGGCAGUGGCCUGCAGCAAGCCAUCGUGGUUGGCUGGAACUAGAUGUGUGAUUUGAAUGCGGGAGUUCAGUCAGCCCCUCAGUGGCCUAAAAGGAAGAAGGUGUCAGUCACAGGGCUGGUUCUGGGCCCUGCCUUCGGGGGACCCCAGUUCCAGGGUUCUGGGCCCUGCCUUCGGGGGACCUGAGUUCCAGGGUCCUGGGCCCUGCCUUUGGGGGACCCGAGUUCCAGGUCCCGUCCUCAGCGUUGCAGUGGCCAGGGUCAGUGGCUCUUUGGCCCUCUAGGAGUGAGCAGACCUUAGUGAAAUAGAUCCACAGGGUCCUGACUUUGUACCUGGUCCAAGCUGUUGGGGAAUUGCUGCUGUUGACCCAGGCAGGAGUCUGACUAGAGAACAAGCUAAGGUUGCUGCAACAAACAAGGACCUCUUCCAAGAAGGGCUCCCAGGCCUGGCGCAGUGACUCAUGCCUGUGAUCCCAGCACUCUGGGAGGCCGAGGCAGGUGGAUCAUUUGAGGCCAGGAGUUCGAGACCAGCUUGGCCAACAUGAUGAGACCCCGUUUCUAUUAAAAAUACAAAAAUUAGCCAGGCGUGGUGGCGCCUGUAGUCCCAGCUACUCAGGAGGUUGAGGCAGGAGAAUUGUUGAACCCGGGAGGCGGAGGUUGCAGUGAGCCAAGAUAGCACCCCUGCACUGCAGCCUGGGUGACAGAGCGAGACUCCAUCUCAAAAGAAGGGCUCCUGUGUCUACGUCAUGGUGGGGCUAGAGAGAGGUCCCCGCAGCUGGGCUGUGUUGAGUGAGGGCUCGUCUCUUCAGCGCCAGGCAAUAGUUUGUCUUGUCUCUGUUCCUUUUCUGUGUCCACAUGACAUUUACAUCUUGCGAGUUGCAUAAUUUAAGUUGUUUAUUUACAUUAUACAUUUAAUUGCAUUCUAUAGCGAUGCUAUGUUGAAUGUAUUCUGAUCGGAUCGUUUAUGGUUAUUUACAAUGCAGUUACUCUUGAAGAUUAUUGUUAGAGGUAGACUGUUGAUUUGUUUUGAUAAAAUAAAGCUUUUGUGUUUUAAAAAA